UUUUUAGAUUUAACCUCAGUAAAGCGCUGAGAUUUACAGGCGUAUGGUACACUAGCUAUCCUCCUCGAGGAGGAUAGCUGAGGACUGAAAGGAUGUUCAACUUUCAGAGAAACAGGAGACAGAGCCUCUUUCCCAACUGCAAACUAGCAACCUCGGAGUCAACAGACGAUGCGGUUCCGUUCGCUAAACAGUGUUUGCUGAAACAGUGGAGCUCUUUAGGCGAACUACAGACAGAUAUCUAUGACAUCUUUGGUGAAGAUGAGGAGGUUGAGAAGCAUUCGGAACCAACAAUGUGGUUUACAAGCGCCUCACCCAGCAGGAAUUGCAUGCUCAACCUCAACGUUGGUGGAAAGUCCUACCGCAUCACCUAUAAAAUGGCAGCAAGAUACCCACAGAGCAGAAUCGGCCGUUUAGCCACCUAUACGGACCUCAACAUGAAGCUGAACCUCUGCGACGACUAUGUGGUGAAGGACAACGAGUAUUUCUUCGACCGAGAUCCAGACAUCUUCAACAGCAUCUUCAACUUUUACAGAACCGGCGUGCUGUGGAUCAAGGACGAGCUUUGUCCAAGGAACUUCUUAGAGGAGAUCAAUUAUUGGGGCGUUCGGAUCAAAUACUCGCAACGGUGCUGUAGGAUCCUUCUUGAGGAGAAACACGACGAGUUGUGCGAACAGCUCAAGGUUCAGAAGGAACUGGAGGCGGAGGUGGAUGUCGAAGAAAAUGAGGAGGCAUUCAAUGACAUGUUCCUCGGCGAGACGAGACGCUCGCUUUGGAACUUCAUGGAGAAACCGUUCUCCUCAGUACCGGCGAAACUAAUGGCGGUCGCCUCAAGUAUGUUUGUGCUGGUGUCGCUGGCUACAAUGACUUUGACUACGGUAGAAGAAAUGGAGAACAUGGCAUCUAAUGAGUUUAGCGGAAAGACAUUUGGAGAGUUCGUAGAGACACUGUGCAUAACCUUCUUCACCGCUGAGUACCUGCUGCGUCUAGUUUCAACCCCAGAUAUUGGUUGCUUUGUUAAAAGCAUGCUGAACGCGGUUGACCUCAUGGCCAUCCUACCGCAGCUUCUCCAGUUCGUGCUCGAAAGCUUUGAGACCUUCAAUUCUGGGACACAAACCACUGACAUGGAGACUGUUGGUCAGAUGAGCAAGGUGGGACAAGUGUUACGAAUCAUGCGACUCAUGCGUAUUUUUCGUGUUCUGAAACUGGCGCGUCACUCGACGGGGCUCAGAGCGUUUGGCUUCACGUUGAGGCAGUGCUAUCAGCAGGUGGGAUGUCUCUUCCUCUUUAUCGCCAUGGGGAUCUUCACAUUCUCCGCCAUGGUUUAUACCGUUGAACACGACGUCCCUCAAACCAAGUUCACCAGUAUUCCACAUUCUUGGUGGUGGGCAUCUGUUAGCAUCUCUACUGUAGGCUAUGGUGACAUGUAUCCGGAGACUCUUUUGGGGCGGAUAUUUGCCUUUGGCUGCAUUUCCUUUGGGAUCAUUCUGAAUGGCCUUCCAAUCUCCAUCCUCUUCAAUAAGUUCUCCGAUUACUACGCCAAACUGAAGUCUCAUGAAUACAAUUCCAACACGAAGAACAGAGGGAAGGUUAACUUCAUCCUGAGAGCCAAGAAGAAGCUCAAAGAGUGUGGCUGCAUUGAAACUAACGACAUUAAUGUUUCGUAGACACUAGUGAAAUCGAUUGUUGGCAUUGUUACGAUGUACUGAAUCUUGUCUGAAUGAGAUCAUUUUCUAAAAAGCCUCUUAUCUAAAAGUGCCAAAGUAAAUUUUAAAAUACAAGUAAUAAGUAACACGGACUUAA